AUGUAUCGACAAAUAUGGAUCGAUUCACGCGACCGCGAUUACCAACGAAUUUUAUGGGGUAACGAUUCGGACGAAUUGCAGGAGUAUCAACUUUUAACCGUAACAUACGGAACCACAGCUGCUCCGUUCCUCGCGCUUCGCGUGUUAAAACAACUAAUUUGCGAUGAAGGCGGUUCGUUCCCACUCGCUGCUCAAAUUUUGCAAUCUGACGUUUACGUCGAUGACGUCCUUUUCGGAGCCGAGGAUGUUCCUCUGUUGCGUCGCUCGCGUGAACAGGUGUGCGCCCUUCUCGCCAAAGGCGGAUUCACCCUUCGCAAGUGGGCGAGUAACCGAUCGAGCCUGCUCGCAGACAUCUCCGAAGAAGAUCACGGCCUCGCUUGUAAUCGAGAACUCAAGCUCGACGACAAUCUCAACAUUCUCGGUAUUUCUUGGGCCCCCGCGCUCGAUUCGUUUCAAUUCCGCGUAUCCCCGCUCGAAGCUACGCCACGCACGAAGCGUACAAUUCUCUCCGCAAUCGCAAAACUAUUUGACCCACUCGGUUGGGUCACUCCCGUGACGAUAACCGCAAAAAUAUUCAUGCAAUCAUUGUGGCGACUUCAAAUUCAAUGGGACGACACUGUUCCUGUACUUGCGCUGAAUAAAUGGGAAGACAUUUACCGAAAUCUUUCACAUUUGAAUGGGUUACAAAUCGAUCGAUGGACCGGUCGCGGCGCGGAUACGGCAGAAGUUCAACUUCACGGAUUCGCCGACGCAUCAACAGUAGCAUACGCUGCCGUCGUCUAUUCGCGAGUGGUGUCGAUCGCUGGUGAAAUUACUGUCCGGCUACUUAUAGCCAAAUCAAAGGUAGCGCCUCUCAAAACUGUCAGCGUCCCGAGACUCGAAUUAUCCGCAGCCACGCUGCUCACACGCAUCUUGGAGUUUAUUCAAGAAUCCUUACACAUUUCGUCAGUGAAAUCCUACUGCUGGACAGAUUCGACUGUUGCUCUGGCAUGGAUUCAAUCUCACCCGUCUAGAUGGAAAACAUUCGUUUCCAAUCGAGUCGCGGAGAUUCAAACUCGAGCUCAAAACGCACAAUGGCGAUACGUAUCGACGCACGAAAACCCCGCGGACUGCGCCUCCCGCGGACUGCUCGGACACGAGUUGCCAUCCUUUGGAUUGUGGUGGCAAGGACCUUCCUGGUUACACUUAAAUCCCGACGAAUGGCCCUCUCAAAGUCCAGAACCCAUGACGCAUGUUAGCGACGAGGCAAAACCAACCACUUCACAUUGUGCAAAAUUGAACGAAACAUGGGAGUUAGCUUCACGUUAUUCCAGCUGGACAAAACUCUUACGAGUGACCGCUUAUAUACAACGAUUUGUUAACAAUUGCCGCAAACACGAUAAGCAGUUCAAUAUCUACCCAGCGCGCUCGAAAGCUCUCACGUCAAUCGAAAUCACGCAUGCUCAAAGAUUCUGGAUUCAGCAAAUCCAAGCCGAUCGUUUCCCCCUUGAAAUAGCCAAAUUAAAACUCGGUCAAGCUCCCGCGGCUAAGAGCGAAAUCUGCUCCCUAAGUCCGUUCCUCGACAGCGACUCAGUCAUUCGCGUCGGCGGGCGGCUACUGCACGCUCCCGUAGCCUAUGAGAAAAAACAUCCCGCGCUACUGGGCGCGCAUCUCGUCGUGGAUUUAAUCGUUCGAUACACGCAUUUAAAACACUGUCACGCGGGUCUGCAACUAACGUUAGCUGCGCUACGCCAAGAGUACUGGAUACUCCGAGCCCGACAGAUAGUUAAACGUAUCAUUUUUCAGUGCGCUACAUGCACCCGGGAGAGAGCUGCGGUACCUGAGCAGUUAAUGGGACAGUUGCCGGCCGCACGAGUCUCGGCUCCCCCUCGGGCAUUUUCCCAUUGCGGCCUUGAUUACGCCGGGCCAAUCGCCAUUCGGACUUCCUCCGGCCGAGGGCACAAGUCACAUAAAGGUUACAUAUCAUUAUUCGUCUGCCUCGCCUCUCGAGCAAUACAUCUUGAGUUGGUUACGAGCUACUCCACCUCCUCAUUCCUAGACGCGUUUUCGCGAUUCUGCGCCCGUCGUGGAUUGCCGUCCGUAGUCUAUUCCGAUAAUGGCACUACUUUUACCGGAGCCGACCGGGAGCUGCAGCAAGCAUAUAAUCACGCGAUAAGAAAUCCAGACUUCCUUAACCAAACGGCCGCCGAUAAAAUCAAAUGGGAGUUCAUCCCCCCUCAUGCUCCGCAUUUCGGGGGGCUUUGGGAAGCCGGAGUGCGAAGCGUAAAAUAUCAUUUGCGCCGCGUUCUCGGAGCACACACGCUUACAUUCGAAGAGCUGUCGACGCUCUUAUGUCGGAUAGAAGCUUGCUUAAAUUCGCGACCAAUCGGUCCUCUGACCGACACAAUUGACGAUUUCGCCCCCCUCACUCCGGGUCAUCUGCUCAUCGGUUCCGCGAUCACCGUCAAUCCCGAGCCGUCUGUUCUCGCAAUCGCAGAAAAUCGGUUGUCUCGAUGGCAGCUCGUGCGUCAGAUCGCGGAGAGAUUUUGGCGACUUUGGCAGUCCGACUAUAUUAAUACGUUACAACAGCGAGGAAAGUGGCGAACGGAACGCGAAUCAAUCAAGGUCGGCACAAUGGUACUCUUAAGAAACGCGCUACUACCUCCCUGUAAAUGGGAAUUGGGUAGAGUUACAAAGAUCUUUAAAGGUCCUGACGGUUUAGUUCGCGUCGUGUCUGUGCGAACCGCACAAUCUGAAUUCAAGCGCCCGAUAGUGAAGUUGUGCGUACUUCCUAUCGAAACCUGCGACCCAGCAAGCGAAGACUCUGAGCUCCGACGCGACGAGCAAACGAGCGACAUGAAAACUCCGCCGGUACAAUAA